CCGAUAACGUAUCCGAGGCAUGGAGAAGUAUGGCUUGCUGCGACGCAUCAUAAUGUUACCUGGGACACGACAGAAGUACCCAAAGAUCGAGAGUUCACCAAGACAGCGAUAUUCCUGGCCAAAGAAGGAGAAGUAAUCUCUGACGAACCACUUGCGUCGAACUUCUCGUUGCUCGAUGGCCGAGUCCAGAUUCAGACUCCCACCGAGGCCAGUGGAGAUGAUUUCCAAGUCAUU